CCGGUGUGUGUAGAAUAGAACUCACCUCGUGCGAUACCUAUCGGCGAGCACUGAAUCGAUUCUAAUCGUUGGUGCUCGGUGGCCCCUGUGCCAAUCCAGGAGGGAGUGCAGUCUGUGGAUGGAAAGGGUUCAGUCAAUCAGAGCUGCCAGCUAUUGAGAAGAUACUAUUGCAGAAAGAUGAUCACUACAAAGCUGUUGACUCUGGUGAUGGUUGUGAGACAACAGAAGAUCCUCCUGGGAUGGAAGAAACGGGGUUUUGGGGCCAAUCGCUGGAAUGGUUUUGGAGGCAAAGUGCAGCCUGGAGAAACCAUUGAAGAAGGAGCAAAAAGAGAAUUAUGGGAGGAGAGCAGUCUGACUGUGGACAGCCUGGAAAAAAUUGGACGGAUCAAGUUUGAAUUUGUGGAUGAGGCAGAACUACUGGAUGUUCACAUAUUCCUUACAGAUAGUUACAAAGGGGAACCAAUGGAAUCAGAUGAGAUGCGUCCACAGUGGUUUGACCUGGACGAGAUUCCAUUUGAUGAGAUGUGGGUUGAUGACAUCUACUGGUUCCACUUGUUACUCCAGAAGAAACUGUUCAAGGGUUAUUUCAAGUUCAAAGGACAUUCCACUAUCCUGGAAUACACACUAAAGGAGGUGGAAGAGUUGGAAACAGGGGAGUCCUGAUUCUGACAAUUUGCAAUCAUUUACAAAUACCGUACAGGGAAAAGUGCAUUCUUGUGCAUCAACCACGCCACCUUCACAAUCCUGCCAUCAGUCAUCCAACGCAUCUAUCUUCCUUUCCCCUAUGUUUUGAUGAUUUUCUUCUACUUGUCAGUUAAACAGCAUUGGGCCUAUCUGACACCCCAAUGAAAUUUAACCCUUGGAAUCAAGUGGAACUCUUUGCUUCAUGAUACUGGAGCAAUAAAUCAUAGAGCAUACAGAGAUUUGGGACUUUUGUCACUGGAAGUUUGAGACAUUGGAUUCCAUUUAAAUUUAAUGAUCAGUUUGCUUAGAGGAAAAUAUUGGGUCUUUCUGGACUGUCUUUUGUAUUUGUAGUCAUAAGCAAAUUUGUUUUCUUUGUAAUACCAGAGUUUUUUAAAAAAAAGAAAUUCCCAAAGCAAUAAAGAGUUCUUGUGGAGGGCAGUUGGAGAUAUCCUAAGUGCUGUUCUAAAAAUGCCCACUAGAUGGUGCACAAGGGCAGCUAUGUCAACAAUUUGAUUUGUUAAUACCAGUCAUGUUUUCUUUACUCAAACCAUAGAGUGCUUGCACAAGUAUUUUUUUUACAUUAAACAUCAAAUUUUAAUUCAUCCUUUCCUUUUUGCAUUGUAUCAAAUUGGAACAAGGAGAGAGAGGUGGGUGGCAGCAGAAUUUCAAAAGUAGAACAGAGCAAUUUUGUAAACUGUACUUGCUUAUUUUCUCAGUAUCCUUUGGGGAGUGGGGGGCACAAAGGGGAGACUGAAGUUGGAUUACAGCUCCCAAAAGAUGUCUACAUCUGCGCUUCUAUAGGAAGAUGGAUCAAUCCAGAAAAGGAGGCACGAAAAAGGGACGAUGAGUUUUUGUCCUGGCUGAAACAUUGAGUCUUAUUACCCAAGAAGUAGUGUAAAUAGGAUACUGACAGGGAAGGAACACUGACUGAACAGAUCAAAGUUGUUAACCACACUCUAGCUUGAGGGUUGAAACUGCAAGUUCUGGAGGGGAAGUAGGGGAUGGGAAUUGGCAAGGGGAAUAUCCCUUCUAUUUCACCACUAAUUAACACCCCCGCCAGGGCAUUCCCCCAACUACAACACAAAAUAACUUUCCCCAUUUACAUUGUAUUGAUAUUGGAGGAGUUCUAAUCAGUAAAGAGGCAGCUGCUUUCACUGAUUAUAGCUGCUGGUGGAUUUCUACCAACUAAAUGAGAACUCCAGAGGCUGCAAGUAUGUACAAGGCUGCCUAUGGUAGAUAACUUCAGGGGGAUUUGCGUUGAGCUGACACAUUAACUUUUUGGAAGUAGCGAACAGCAGUGGGCCUCUAGAACCACAGCCAAACACAAAGGUGUAGUCAACAGAUAACUUGAAGUGUGGGAAUUACAAGGAUUUGUAUCCAAACCAGCAUAUUGUACACUUUGGUAAUUUAACAUCAAAAUGCAGCUUUAAACUGAUCCAAUGAGAGCUAAUUCUUAAUCCAGAAGCUGUAGUGGAAACAGUUCAAAAAUAAUUCAGAAUUUACCUCCAUUCUUGUGCUGUAUUAUAAAAAUCUGAGAGAAAUUAUACUGGCUUAAUAUUUAAGGUGACAAAAAUUAAAAGGUGUGGUUAUAUCAGACACUGGCAGGAGAAAGUUUUUUCCACUUUUUUUUAAACUGAAGGCUUAGAACAUUGGAUUGGAAAUAAAUAACAUCCACUGCAUUACACAAAUUACACUUCAGGUCUAAUAAAUAAUAUUCCAUGAA